AUGGCGUCCAGCGCGAUCGAGAAGGAGAAGGACCGUCGCGCGAAACGCGCCGCCGACGCCGCGCCGAACGUCGACGAAAACGGGUGGUUCUCGCUCAAGACGAACACGUCCGUCUACGUCGACGGUCUGCCCGACGACGCCACCGCGGACGAGGUCAAGGAGGUGUUUCAAAAGUGCGGGGUCAUCAAGCUGGACCCGGACACGAGCCUGCCGAAGAUCAAGCUGUACGCGGACAAAGCCACGGGCGCGUUCAAGGGCGACGGGCUGGUGACGUAUCUGAAGGAGCCGAGCGUGGCGCUCGCGACGACCAUCUUGGACGGCACGCCGUUCCGCGUCGGCAUGGGGACCAACAUGUCCGUGACCGCGGCGAAGUUUCAGAUGAAAGGCGACGCGUACGUGAAGAAACAGCGCGGGAGUAAGAAAGCGAAGAGGGCGGCGAUCGCGAAGCAAGAGAGCGCGCUCGGGUGGGGCGGGUUCGACGACACGAAGGAUCGCAAGAAGACGACGGCGAUCUUGAAGAGGAUGUUCACGCUCGACGAGAUGUUCUCCGACCCGAAGUUCCGCGAGGAGCUCCAGGAGGACGUCGAAGCGGAGGCUGCGAAGUUUGGCGCGGUGGAGACCGUCAAGGUGUUCACGACGAACCCCGACGGCGCGGUCAGCGUCCGGUUCAAAGACCCCGCGGCCGCGGAGGCGUGCGUGAAGGCGAUGCGCGGCCGGUGGUUCGGCGGGUCGCGGCUGGAGGCGGCGCUGUGGGACGGGGUGACGAAUUACGCCACCGCGGGGAUGAGAGCGGACGAGUCCGAGGCGGAGAUGCAAGCGCGCCUCGACCGCUUCGGCGCGUCGUUAGAAGAAGAAGGAGGAGGAGGAGGAGGAGGAGGAGGAGGAGGAGGAGAUGAAUGA